CAGUGUUUUUGGAGACUGUUGAUCUGUGCUGAUCUUUGCUAUAUUUUUCUACCUACAAAUCUGUUCUCCGAAUAUACACAAUUGGGUUUUAUGUCCGAUUUUUUUUUUCAGACUCAGUCUGCAGAGCCGCGCUCACAAAAUCAGAAACCUGCAAACGACAGGGUACGGAUUUCAGCACCGGAGCUAUCCAAGCUGCGAGCGCCUGCCGAACGUCUUCUCUGCUUGAAUCUUGAUGUACGUUACUGUAUUCUCAUAACUUUGACCUUUGUGAAGAAGAAUAGCAAAUCUCUUGGUUAUUUUGGACAGUGAUCGUCACAUACAAACACUCACAUAAUUUCAAGAACUGAGGAGACUUGAGAUGCUGUGUAGAUAUUUCUAAGAAACGGAGAAAAGGAAGUCUCAACUCACGGAGUGCUUUCAUCCCAGCCAUGGGCGUGUUGAUGUCCAAGAAGCAGCAGGUGGAGAAGGUGCAGAAGUGUAAUGCUGUGGUUUCGGCAUUCAAAGAUGGGUUACGGGACCGUCCGGCCCCAGCCUGCCGCGUGGAGGAGCCCCCAGAGGGUGGGGAGAAGACAGCUGACUCUGCCCCCCAGCCCAGCAAGGACAAGGAGGAGGUGGAACAUCAGCAUGAAGGUGGCAACCCAGGCCCCUCCGCUGGCCAGCAGGCCUCGGCCCCGCCCAAGGAUGAGUGCAAGGCCAACCAGGAGGCCUGGUCCCGGUUGCGUGAUGGGAAAGGGGUGGAGCCUGAGGAACUGGACAAGGUGAAUCAGCUCACCCCACCAACCUUUGUCAGGCCAAAGAGGGACACCAGUGAUGACCAGCCUGUGGAGAUUGACCUUAAUCAGAGAGAGCAGCCGGCCAAUGAGGAGAUGUGCGAGAUCUGCGAGGUGUGGACAGCGGACGACCUGUUCCCGUGCAGGACGUGCACACGGGUCUUUCAUGACGGCUGCCUGCGGGAGAUGGGUUACCUGCGCACCGAUGCCCUGCAGGAAAUGAGGGAGACCGCCCACACCGCCACCGGGUGGAGCUGCUACUACUGUGACAAUGUUAACCUACUCCUCACUGAAGAAGAGAUGUACAGCCUCAUGGAGACAUUCAAACAAUGCAAGAUCAUUCCAGAGUCAUGCCUAAAUUCGGACGAGCUCCUACACUACAAGCACUUUGUGUCCAAGCAGUUGUUCGAGAAGGACUUAUCAGAGGAGCAAGAGGAGGAGGUUUUGGUCCAAUUCUCUGCCCUGGACCCAGAAAAACGGGGUCAUGUCGAGUGGGUUGACUUCCUCUACCAUGAGUCCUUGGGGGUGCUGAAAAAAUUUCGCACUGAGAAUUCCCUGGUGAGGCUGCUAACGGCAAAAGAGAGGGACCGCGCGCGGUCGGUGUUCCUCGGUUUGGACCAGGACAAAGAUGGUCUCAUCACUGGGGGAGAGGCCCGCAGGGCGCAGCAGUCAUGGUUCCAGAAGCACACCAAGGAGUCUCAGUCAUGCAAUGUGAGACUUAUGGGACUCUGUUCCCCUGUGCUCAGUCUGAGCAUCAGUCAUGUUGGCCCCAUCUCGGAGAGCAGUCCGGCAAGCUCCAGCAGUGAAAGGAGUCGAGAGAAAAUGCUGCUCUCCUCUGAAAAGGACGACAACAGACAGGUGAACUGGCAGGAGUUCCUGAAGGAAAGUGCCAUAUACAUCCUCGCAGCGCGCCCCAACAGCUCAGCUGUCCACCUCCGCCCUCCAGUGUAACCCUCCCAGCUGCUGCCGCGAGUCCUCCAGGCAAGAGAGGCAGUGGAACCAAGAGACAGCACGAUCCGGGACGACUGUGGGCCGACAAGACGCAACCACUCACGGAACGAACUGAUGGCGCAAUCGAAAAUCGUUGUUUUUUUUUUUUUCCUUUUUGCUUCACACAAAUCAAGAUGAUUCAGACUUUUUUGUUGGCUUUAAAUUCAUUAAGUACAGACCUAUUGAUCGUUGCUUAAAUCAAAUACCAGCUGUUGUUGGCACAGGCACAAAAGAUCAACAUCUAUUUAUAGACAGAUAUACAAAUAUAUAAGUAUAAAUAAAACAUGUAUUUGUUCUUAUUCCUUACGGCUAUGGGUACCACAGCACUUUCCUCAAUAUCACUCAUGUUGCGAUACAGCUGUAUGAUUUCUGAAAUCAAUGUGAUGAAUAAAAGAUGUGAAUAAGAUAGCAGUUGUUAAGCUGAUAAUAUAUAUUUUAGUCUUGUUAAUGGUAAAUACAAUAAACUACUGAAAAACUGUACAAAAAAGGCUAAUGCAAAGCGAUGCAAAUGUAAGCACUGACGCUCUAAAAUGAAACCAGAUGCACUGACACUUACACAGUGCUUGCAGUAUAUUCUCUUUUUAUGACAAUUUAUCUCAAAGUAAGAAUGUAAAAACCUGACUUUCUUAAGUGUUUUCAUGUGUUAUUAUGGGAAGAGGCCUUUGGGGGGGCUGUCAGAGAGCUGCUGUUUUU